CGGCGCUGGGAACCGGGCUCCGCGCGUCCGGGGCGGCUGGCGGCGCGGGCAGGCGGGCGGGGAGGACAGGCUAGGGGCGGCGACAGCGAGGGGCCGCGCGCGGAGGGCGCCUGGUGCAGCAUGGGCGGCCCGCGGGCUUGGGCGCUGCUCUGCCUCGGGCUCCUGCUCCCGGGAGGCGGCGCUGCGUGGAGCAUCGGGGCAGCCCCGUUCUCCGGACGCAGGAACUGGUGCUCCUAUGUGGUGACCCGCACCAUCUCAUGCCAUGUGCAGAAUGGCACCUACCUUCAGCGAGUGCUGCAGAACUGCCCCUGGCCCAUGAGCUGUCCGGGGAGCAGCUACAGAACUGUGGUGAGACCCACAUACAAGGUGAUGUACAAGACAGUGACUGCCCGUGAGUGGAGGUGCUGCCCUGGGCACUCGGGAAUGAGCUGCGAGGAAGUUGCAGGUUCCUCUGGCUCCUUGGAGCCCAUGUGGUCGGGCAAUACCAUGCGGCGGAUGGCACUUCGGCCCACAGCCGUCUCAGGACCCUCGGCCCUGGCCCUAGCUUCCUUCCUCCCCGCAGGUUGUCUCAACUGCAGUAAAGUAUCAGAGCUGACAGAGCGGCUGAAGAUGCUGGAGGCCAAGGUGGCCAUGCUGACUGUCAUAGAGCAGCCAGCGCCUCCAACACCAGCUACCCCUGAGGACCCUGCCCCACUCUGGGGCCCUCCUCCUGCCCAGGGCAGCCCCGGAGAUGGAGGCCUCCCGGGCCCAGCGGGGACACUGACCUCUGCCUACCCCCCUACCCCAGGGCUGCCAGGAGCCAUAGAGAGUGUGAGGGUCCCGCUGCUUCCCCGAAAUGACCAAGUCGGUGCUCGGGGGCUGCCCGGGCCCACCGGCCCCAAGGGAGAUGCCGGCAGCCGGGGCCCAAUGGGGAUGAGAGGCCCACCAGGUCCACAGGGCCCCCCAGGGAGCCCUGGCCGGGCUGGAGCUGUGGGCACCCCUGGAGAGAGGGGACCUCCUGGGCCACCAGGGCCUCCUGGCCCCCCUGGGCCCCCAACCCCUGUUGGGCCACCCCACGCCCGGAUCUCCCAGCAUGGAGACCCACUGCUGUCCAACACCUUCACUGAGACCAACAACCACUGGCCCCGGGGACCCACUGGGCCUCCAGGCCCUCCAGGGCCCAUGGGUCCCCCUGGGCCUCCUGGCCCCACAGGUGUCCCUGGGAGUCCUGGACACAUAGGACCCCCAGGCCCAACUGGACCCAAAGGAAUCUCUGGCCACCCAGGAGAGAAAGGCGAGAGAGGACUGCGUGGGGAGCCUGGCCCCCAAGGCUCUGCUGGGCAGCAGGGGGAGCCUGGCCCCAAGGGAGACCCUGGUGAGAAGAGCCACUGGGGGGAGGGGUUGCACCAACUACGCGAGGCUUUGAAGAUUUUAGCUGAGAGGGUUUUAAUCUUGGAAACAAUGAUUGGGCUCUAUGGCUCCUAGCUUACAGAGCUUCCUGCAGCAGCAGGCUCAGCUGGAGCUCCUGGCCAGACGGGUCACCCUGCUGGAAGCCAUCAUCUGGCCAGGUAAUGGCAGGGCGGGCAGGCAGGGGCAGCCUCUUCCAGGAAGGGCCUGGGCAUGCAGAAGGUGCCUUCCAAUGCUCGACCCAGGCCAGCGGACACUCAUUCUUCAUCCAGCCAGCCAGCCAGCAGAUGGUGCCUGGCAGAGAGAAGGCUCUGGUCACUCGAGUGAAUGAAUACCUGCUCUGUGCCAGGCACCUUAUUGGGACAGGCUCCACAAGAUAAGACAGACAUAGUCCUGCCCUCGAGGAGUGUAGGGUGCUGGGGGCGCUCAGGAGAACCCUGACACUGGUAGAGAAACCCAAGGUGAGGUACACUGCAGGGAAGGGAGUACAGGCAGCCAUGGGAAUACAGAAGUGCCUCUGACCUGGCCCAGAGGAGGUUGGAGGGGGUUGAGGGAGGUCUUCCUGGAGGGUGAUAUCUAAGUGGAGACCUGAAGGGCAAGGAUCUGGGGAGAGUGAACAGGCAGAGAAACAGCAUGAGCGAAGGCCAAGAGACCAGAAGGAGCCUAGAAGCGACAGAAUCUGGCAGGGCCUAGAUCAAGAAGGUCCUAGAAGGCAGGAUGGGGUAGCACAGGAGUUGGUUAGACACCAGUGGGUGGUACCCCGCCUUGCGUCUGGCUCCUGGGAAUGAAGCUGAGGUCUUUGCUCAUGAAACUGGAGCCUGUGGCUGGCCCUGAAGAAAGGAAGGGAUUGGCUGCCUGACGGUCUGAGCUCUGUUCCUCACCUGCCCUGCCACACCAUCUCACAGCCCAUCUCACAACAAUGCACAGAGGCCUCCACAUCAUGUCCAACCUCGCAUCUAUUUUAAAGACUGAGAGGCUGGGCGCGGUGGCUCACGCCUGUAAUCCUAGCACUUUGGGAGGCUGAGG